AAUCUCAAGCACCUAAUGCCAGAAAGAAAAGUUUACACACAGCCUCUUCAUUAGUACAGAAUUUGGGUAUGACACAUGAGGCGUGACUGUGACUGUGAUUGUGAGACAUUCCCACUAUAAAUUUUUCACUUUCAUUUCUUCUUCCUAUUAAAGUUUCGUGAAAGAGAUUCAGAGAUACAUCACAUACAUGGCCCAUGGGUGUUGAAUAGACUUGUUUUGCACAAUAUUAAAAUUCAAGGGAAGGAAAAUUGGAAAGGAAGAUUGUGCAAUCAGUCAGGGACUCAGGGGCUCAGAUCUAAUUAACCAACAGGCUGAUAUCAACACUCCACCACAUACCCACCACCACCACCUUUCACCUUCACUUUCACCCCAUCUUUCUUCUCACCUCAGCUUUGACUGCUUUUCUUAUGACUCAUCAGUUGUGCUUUCCUUGCUUUCUAUCUCUUAUCGACUUGACCUCCCUCAUUUCUUGAAUAAGCCUCAUUUUGCUCAUUUUCUCCCUUAUAAAACUCACCAAAACUCAGUCACACCGACAUACAAAUAUACGAUACAAAUCCCUCUCUGUCUCUCUGUCUCUCUCUCUCUAUCUAUCUCCGUCCCUCUCUUAAUGCUAAAAACUUUAGUUGCAUUUUGACAUGGGUCUGUGAAUUAUUUGAGUGUCAUUGACAAUUCUAGGAAUUUUGGUGUCUUCAAAGAUAUUUUUUUGGGCUAAACUGUCCAAAGGGGGAUCUGGGUGUCCUUGAAAUUGGAUGUUCUAUGCAUUUUUGUUCAAAUCUGGGUCUGAAAUACUAUUGUUUCAUCUGGGUGUCGGUGGUUCCGCAAACCUCUUGAAAUAAAGCCAAAAGGGUAUCGAGGACUCUUUCCAAUUUGUGCAAAUUUUGCGUCUUUUGUCAAUUUUCAGGUCCCAUUCUGCACAUGGAAAGAAUGGUUGGAGGAAAUGGGCUUUUUUACCCAAUUCUUGGUUUUGCAUCAUGUGUGACUUUCAUUUACUUGUCCUUUGGGGACUUGAUGCUCAAUAAUGAGAAAGAACAAAAAUUUGGUUUUGUGGAGAGGAAUGGGUCUCAGUUCAUGUUGGAUGGAAGUGCCUUUUACAUUAAUGGGUGGAACUCUUACUGGUUAAUGGACCAUGCUGCGGAUGAAUAUACAAAACCAAGGGUCAGGGCAAUGCUGCAAGCUGGUGCAAAGAUGGGUCUCACUGUGUGCAGAACCUGGGCAUUCAAUGAUGGUGCUUACAAUGCCCUCCAGAGUUCCCCUGGUCGCUUCAAUGAGCACGUUUUCAAGGCACUGGAUCAUGUUAUUGCAGAAGCACGACAGCAUGGGGUCAGGCUACUGCUUAGCUUAGUAAAUAACUUACAAGCAUAUGGUGGGAAAACUCAGUAUGUCAAAUGGGCAUGGGAAGAAGGCAUAGGUUUAAGUGCCUCUAAUGAUUCCUUCUUCUUUGAUCCAUCCAUACGCAGUUAUUUCAAGACUUACAUCAAGACUGUGCUGACAAGGAGGAACACUAUUACUGGAAUUGAAUAUAGAAAUGAUCCCACCAUCUUUGCCUGGGAAUUGAUAAAUGAACCUCGUUGCAUGUCUGAUGCUUCAGGCGAUACUCUUCAAGAUUGGAUAGAAGAAAUGUCAGCUUUUGUGAAAUCAAUUGACAAGAACCAUCUACUAACUGUUGGCUUGGAAGGAUUUUAUGGUCCUAAAACCCCCAAAAGUUUGACCAUGAACCCAGAAGAAUGGGCAUCCAGACUUGGAGCUGAUUUUAUUCGCAACUCCAAGAUCUCUUAUGUUGAUUUUGCCUCCGUUCAUAUCUACCCAGACCACUGGUUUCAUGAGGAAGGCUUAGACGAAAAAAUUAAAUUUGUUAGAAAGUGGAUGCUUUCACACAUUGAAGAUGGUGACAGGGAACUGAAGAAGCCUGUUAUGUUCACUGAAUUUGGAUUGUCAAACCUGAACAAGGACUACCAACCAUCUCAGCGAGAUAGGUUUUAUAAAACCAUUUUUGAUGUAAUCUAUAAAUCUGCAAAGAAAAAUCGGGCUGGGGCAGGUGCUUUGGUCUGGCAGUUAUUUGUUGGAGGAAUGGAAGAGUAUAAUGAUGAUUUUGGUAUUGUACCGUGGGAAAGGCGGUCAACAUAUAGUCUGAUAACAGAACAAUCUUGCAAUUUGGCAAGAAUCCGAGGACUGAAUCAAUUAAAGGGAUAUUUGAAAGAAUUGUGCUUGGAGGGACACUGAAAGUCUGAUUCUUUUAUCAGAAAAUUUGAUUUGUUUGUGGGAAAAUGUGGGUUCUUAUUUGUGGUUUGGCGAAGGAGAGAAGCAGGUGGCUGUUGUCUUGCCUUUUUCGCCCCAUGUCCAUAGACAUUAUCUAUUUGAGAUUAAAGUGAAUUAGAUAAGUAUAGAGUGUUCUUGAAGCAAAGUUUACGGGAAGUCUUGUAAUUUUUUGGAACUUGUUAUCCAGAAAAGAAAAACAUAGCUAGUGCAGAAAGUUUCUUAGUUUGUAAUCAGCAAAUACCCAAGGAAAAGAUUUGAGGAGCCUCUCUAUACUGAAGCUUAUAAAGAAGAGGCACAAUGAACAACUGAACACUACAAUCGUUCUUUACCCCUUUAUAUUUUUGGAAGCAGCUUUCAAGGUUCAUUUCCAAGCUUUCCAGCAACUUAAUGGAGAGUUACCAUAAUACCAUGACAUGAUGACAUUUGUACUGCCCCUUUUCGGGUCGUAGUAGUAGUGUUUUCCUUUAUAUACUGUAAUGGAUGCACCCCUUUGAUGGUGUGAUACAAUAAACACCAUGUAAUUCUCUCUC